AUGGCUCUACCUUUUGAUCCAAAUGAUUUCUUUACGCAGGUUCUGCAACCGAACAGUGUCGAAGCUGUUUUCGGUGUGCCAGACUCCAGCCUAAGCGGUUUACUCAGCUUUUUUGCAGCCACCAUGCCCGCCCCUCGACAUAUUGUCACGGCCAACGAGGGAGGCGCGGUUGCUCUUGCUAGCGGCUAUCACCUAGCUACGGGGAAACUGGCGCUCUGCUACCUCCAGAACUCUGGUUUAUCCAACGCCUUGAACCCUCUGCAGUCCUUGGCUUCAAACGCAGUGGCGGCCGUGCCCAUGCUACUCAUGAUUGGGUGGCGUGGGAAACCCGGUAUCAAGGAUGAGCCUCAGCACGCACUCAUCGGUCCCCAACUUCUCGAAAAUCUUGAUGCCAACAGGAUCCCCUACGAGCAUAUCCCUGAGACAUUGCAGGAAGCUCGGACUGUUGUGUCUCGUCUUUUUGCGAAGGCUUUGAGCGAAAAGAGGCCCGUCGCUCUUGUUGUACCUCCAGGCGCUUUCAAGCCUUUCAAGGGCCAUGAGCUGGAUCAAUCUGCUAAGCUCCUUGGCCGCCUCGAUAUAGGAUCUCAUUCUAUCGUAAGGAAUGAGCCAAGGACCUGGUUAUUCAAGUACCCGGACCAGCCGUUGCCACUCACUAGGGAAGCGGUGGUUCGAGGCGUUCUCGGCCGUAUCCAGAAGAAAGAUAUCCUUGUCUCAUCUCUCGGAGGGACUAGCCGCGAGGUAUACAUGGUCCUGAAAGAGCAGGAGAGGCCCAUAUCACGCGUGUUCUUCGUGCUGGGAGCCAUGGGUCAUGCUUACGGCGUCGCCUGCGGCGUCCGCCUGGGCUGCACCCAGUUGAAGGCGCCCAUGGUGUACUGCCUCGACGGCGACGGGUCAUUCCUGAUGCACGCGGGCAACAACGCCGUGCUCGCGGAUGUGGGCCCUCGGGGUAUGGUGCAUGUCGUCGUCCACAACGGGGUGCAUAGCUCCACCGGGGACCAGCCCCUGUCCAUCCGCCUUGACGCCUACCUCGAACUGGCCAAAGGGCUGGCUUACACCCAUAAGUUUUUUGUGGAUACAGCACAGGCCCUGGACAGGGCCCUAGACUUAGCUGCAGCUGCAGCAACGGCUACUCCCGCCCGAACGGCGGAAGCGGAGAACAAGGGGGUCGCAGUUCUCAUUCUUGUCCUGGUGGGACCUGGUCAAUCGGCCAACCUCCCGCGACCGACUGAGACUGCUGAGUGCUUGAAGGAUCUCUUCAUACAGAGCCUUGAGUAG